AGUACUUUUAUCCAGUGUGGGUUAGAGAACGGCUGCAGAAACCUUACGUGCCUCUGUUCCUUUCUAUUUUACUUCCCCCCCCCCCCCCCCCCCUUGUAGCCUUGGAACUGCAAACCCUCGGAAGCCACCUGGAGAGCGCCCCGGCGCGGGGUGGUGCCAAGCCGUGCGUCCCGCUGGAGGGAGCCUCGGCCGGGGCUGGCAAUGCCGGGGGGCAAAAGGACACGGAGUGAGGGCUGGAGGAAAGUUCGGGCUCUUCGCCUGGAGGACAUCAGGCACUGGUGGAUGAGGCGGCUGCCCGUUUUGGAGUGGGUGCCCGCCUACGACUGGAAGGAGAAUUUGGUUCCCGACGCGGUUUCUGGGAUGAUGCUAGCCAUUCAACAGGUGACACAAGGGCUGGCCUUUGCUGUUCUGUCUUCAGUCCAUCCAGUUUUUGGUUUAUAUGGCUCUUUCUUCCCUGCCAUUAUUUAUGCCAUAUUUGGAAUGGGACGUCAUGUUGCGACAGGAACAUUUGCUUUGACUUCCUUAAUAUCUGCCAAUGCAGUCGAACGUCUUGUUCCCUCAGCUGGCACUAAUUUCACUGCAAACAAUAAUUCAGGAGUCUUGGGCCUAUCAGAGUUUGAAAUGCAGAGGAUUGGAGUUGCAGCUGCAGUUUCAUUUCUGGGAGGAAUCAUUCAGGUAGCAAUGUUUAUGCUGCAGUUGGGCAGUGCCACCUUCUUGUUAACAGAACCAGUGAUCAGCGCAAUGACAACAGGAGCAGCGACACAUGUGGUGACUUCACAAGUGAAGUACUUGCUGGGAAUGAAAAUGCCGUAUAUAUCAGGACCACUAGGAUUUUUUCAUAUUUAUGCCUACAUAUUUGAAAAUAUCAGAUCAGUUCAACAAGAGGCCUUACUUCUCUCCUUGCUGAGCAUUCUGGUGCUUGUUCUUGUUAAGGAACUGAAUGAGAAAUUUCAGAGAAACAUUAAAAUUGUUCUUCCUAUCGAUCUAGUUUUGAUAAUUGCUACAUCUGCUGCCUGCUACUAUGCUGAUAUGGAAUACGCCUAUGGGCUAGAAGUUGUGGGACAUAUUCCUGAAGGGCUACCACCACCAAAACUGCCACCCAUGAAUAUCCUGUCUGAAGUAGUCACUGAAGCUUUUGGAGUAGCACUGGUUGGUUAUGUAGCAUCGCUAGCUCUAGCCCAAGGCUCUGCUAAAAAGUUUAAAUAUACUGUGGAUGACAACCAGGAAUUUUUGGCUCAUGGUCUCAGCAACGUGAUUCCUUCAUUUUUCUUUUGCAUACCAAGUGCGGCAGCAAUGGGACGGACGGCACUUUUAUAUAGUACGGGCGCCAGAACACAGGUGGCUUGCCUUAUCUCCUCUGCAUUAAUUCUUGUGGUGCUCUACACAAUUGGACCAAUGCUAUACUGGCUGCCUAUGUGUGUGCUAGCAAGCAUUAUCAUUGUGGGCUUGAAAGGAAUGUUAAUACAGUUCCGUGACUUAAAAAAAUAUUGGAAUGUGGAUAAAAUAGACUGGAGCAUAUGGGUUAGUACUUACGUGUUCACAAUCUGUUUUGCUGCUAAUGUGGGACUGUUGUAUGGCGUUGUCUGCACUAUAAUAACUGUGAUUUUCCGCUUUUCCAGAGCAAGGACACUGAAUUUGAAAAAUAUGAAAGAAGUGGAAUAUAAAUACAAAACAGAAGAUAAUUGUGAAUCAUUAAAACAGGUAAAGAUAGUUUCAGUCACCAACCCAUUAGUCUUUCUGAAUGCCAGGAAAUUUCAGGCAGACCUUACAAAAAUAAUCCAGAAGGAUGGCACGAGCAGCCAGGCAUGUGAAGAUGUAAACAAGUGUGAGCAGAACACAUUACUCUGUUCAUUUUCCAAUGGAAGUUGUCAUGGUGAGUCACUGCAGCCAUCUCAGAGUGAGCGACGUGUUUUGAUAUUAGACUGCAGUGGACUGAGUUUGUUUGACUACACUGGAGCCUCCAUGUUGCUUCAGAUUUACAUGGAUUGUAAAAACAGACACAUUGAUGUGUUGCUAGCACGCUGCAAAGCUUCCUUGAUAAAAGCAAUGCAGUACGGUGGAAAUCUUGAAUCCGAAAACCCUGUCUUCUUUGAAUCUGUUUCUUCAGCAAUCGAUGCCAUUCAGAUUCACAGGAAUUACAGCAAGUUCAGUGAACAGAGUGAAGUGUGAUGCUGACCCAUCAAAUGUGGCUAGUCUGAUCAACUCAUAUACAGAAUGAACUAUACCGCGGUUUCUCUUUAGCAUUUUUUUUUCUCCAAGAGAUCUCAUAGAUGCUAUUUUGUAUGCCAUACAUAUUUACAACAUUCAGUAAUGACAGAUCUGCCAUUCAGAAAAAAAAAAAUCUUUAGCUGCCAUCACUCAGAGAAUGUUCAUACAAUUGUUCUAUAAUGGUUUUAUAUAUUUUUAUACACAUUUAGACAAAAAUUAUUAGAAAGCAGAUGUGGGGUACUGACUGUUUACUAUCUUUUAGAUAUCUUCUAUUAUAACAUUAGUUGUAAUAUGCAUCUGUAGUUUUGUGCAUGGAAUAAGGAGACAUUAUGAAUUCUUAAAAGCAGUGUGUUAUAAUUGAUACAGUAUAUGCAGGAAGUCAUACACCAAUGCAUACUCUAAUAGCUUUACUUAUCCUUUUUGCUGUUCAAGAUAGCUAUUUGCAAUAACAGCAUCAUAUCACAGCUAGCAUAUCCUUGCAUUUUUCAUACUUGGUUAUUAUAUGCUUUUUAAUGCCUGCCAAGGUCAGUGAGAGCACAGUAUAUUGAAAGAAGGCAGAUGGAUGUUGGCUAAGUGCACUGGAUUGUCUCUUCUUCUAAUAGAUGUCAUGAGUUAUUAUAAUGGUUUGCUAUAUUUUCAGUGCCACAGGUAUUCUUUAGCUCAGACUGAAGAGGAAAAAUUGGUAACAUUUUUCCAAAACUUUUUCUUGUUUCCAGCAUAGUUUGCAUUUCCGAAUUACUGCUGGAAUUUGAUCAGGGCUGGAAUCUUCAGCUGUGGCAGCUGGGAGGUGACCCUAGAGGGACACAGAAGGCAUGUGUCAAUUUUCAGCCCAAAUUCCAGUGUGCAGUACUCUGCGAGCAACCAAAGGGGGGAAGAAUUCACAGGUUGAAUUCACAUGUUUGGCUUGCAAUUAUGGAUUGCCAUCAAUCAUAUUAGAUUAUACUAUCACAUCAAUAUCGUAUUAUUUGGCAACAUAUGUGAAGAUUUUUUCCUCUUGUCUUUGCCAUAUAUGUACACAAGCUGUAAAAUGUAAAAGUUGAGGAGA